CUCUGGCCUUUCACAGGUCCAGUCCGUCUCCGCUCAAAGGACUCUCAGCGGCAGACCCUCUAUUUGCAUUUGCUGCAGACUUCUGGCAGACUUCACUUGGCGGACUCGGCGGCGGAGGGCUGAGUGCAACUUUGGGACAACAUAUAGGUCCAGGCUUUCCGGAGGAAACGAGGAUUAGGUCACACAAGUGUGCGCCGUAUAUAUGUAUUUUGUGGAGUUUCGUAACUUCGGUGUAACUUGGACGAGGUUCUGUUUAUUAAAAUCAGGCUUUAACGUUGCAGACGGAUCUAGGUUUUCUCGCGGAGUGAUACUGCGUCCUCAGCUCCCCAGCCCGUGGCGCACCGCACAGACAGUGCGCUCAAGUUGAGGUUUAACUUCGGGAUGUGUCUGCGCCACUUUACGGAGGACUAAAGCAUCUUUUGUGCGCGCGCCGUGUUUCUGGACGGAACCGGGACACUGGGACGUUUUCUGCACGGGCUCGGAACUAACUGUCCAACUUUGUGGCAUCGGACGGACUUAGUAGAACUCAAGAUGUCAAUCCUGCCUUUCACUCCCCCCAUCGUUAAAAGACUGUUGGGCUGGAAGAAGGGAGAGCAGAACGGUCAAGAGGAGAAGUGGUGUGAAAAGGCGGUCAAAAGUCUGGUCAAGAAACUCAAGAAGACGGGUCAACUGGACGAACUGGAACGAGCCAUCACCACCCAAAACAUCAACACGAAAUGCAUCACUAUCCCGAGGUCUCUGGAUGGGCGUCUCCAGGUGUCCCACAGAAAAGGCCUGCCGCACGUCAUCUACUGCCGGCUGUGGCGCUGGCCCGACCUCCAGUCCCACCAUGAGCUCCGGGCCGUGGAGCUGUGUGAGUACGCCUUCCACACCAAGAAGGAUGAGGUGUGCGUCAACCCCUACCACUACCAGCGCGUCGAGACCCCAGCAACCGACUCCUACCACUACCAGCCCGUCGAGACCCCAGAUACGCCCAGACACACACCCAGACACACACCCACACCCAUAAACCACUACCAGACAGACCCAUACACACAGCAACCGACCCCUACCACUACCAGUGUAUCGAGACCCCAGGAGUCAGUUGUCCGUACUAUAGGACCUUUAAACGUGAAGAGUAAAAUUGUGUGUUUUUCAGACCUCCAGCCGGUGACGUACUGCGAGCCGGCCUUCUGGUGCUCCAUCUCGUACUAUGAGCUGAACCAGCGCGUGGGUGAGACCUUCCACGCCUCCCAGCCUUCCCUCACCGUGGAUGGCUUCACUGACCCCUCCAACUCCGAGCGCUUCUGUCUGGGGCUAUUGUCCAACGUCAACCGCAACGCCGCCGUGGAGCUCACACGCAGACACAUCGGCCGAGGGGUCCGGCUCUACUACAUCGGAGGAGAAGUGUUCGCAGAGUGCCUCAGUGACAGCGCCAUCUUUGUUCAAAGCCCAAACUGCAACCAGCGCUACGGCUGGCACCCAGCCACGGUCUGCAAAAUACCCCCAGGUUGUAACCUGAAGAUCUUUAAUAACCAGGAGUUUGCCGCCCUGUUGGCUCAGUCGGUGAACCAGGGCUUUGAGGCCGUGUACCAGCUCACCCGAAUGUGCACCAUCCGCAUGAGCUUCGUCAAGGGCUGGGGAGCCGAGUACAGGCGGCAGACAGUGACUAGCACCCCCUGCUGGAUCGAGCUGCACCUGAACGGGCCUCUGCAGUGGCUGGACAAAGUGCUCACUCAGAUGGGCUCCCCCAGUAUCCGGUGCUCCAGUGUGUCCUAGGGAACCUGCUGUCCCUCCACACACUUGAGCCAGUCCUGAUGUGUCCUCAGCACUUUGACUCUUGGACAAACUGUUGUCCUUUCACCAGCAGACGUCUCACCCGUCCCCUCAGUCCCCUCUGUCUCUUUGUCCCCUCUGUCACCUCUCUGUCCUCUCUGGCCCCCUCUGUCCUCUCUCUGUCACCUCUCUGCCCCCUCUGUCCCAUCUGUCCCCUUCUGUCCCAUCUGUCCCCGUCUGUCUUCUCUGUCCCCCUCUGUCCUCUCUGUCCCUGACAUAACUCAUACUCAAACAUAGGACUUUGCCUUUGCCUUUUGUACACCAGCUUCCUGUUGUAUUCAUUUCUCUAAACUGUCUUGGGCAUUCAAAGAGUGUAUCAGUCGUCAUGUACAGUGUGUCCUCACACGCACCAGCAGACCACAGCACUGGUUCAUCUACAGCAUCUACAUUUAUCGUAAUAACUUGUGUUGAGGUAACUUUGUUGUGUUGAGGUAACUCUGUUCUGUUAAACUGGAUGGGUCUACAUUAGAUUAUGAGUGAAAAUGCCAUAGUCAUGUGUGUGUUUUUAAACCAGCAUCAUCUCUUGACUGACUCCAGUGCAGUGUACUAGUAUGUCACAGCACAACAGAGCUCCUGUCCUCCUGUCAGACAGGUGAGCUCAGCUCUGGUACAUGUCAGACUUCCUGCCAGUACAGCACCAGUAUUAUCUCAGAUCAUUAUUAGAUAAAUCGAUCUUUCUCAGAUCCCUUUAUUCAGCACCAGCACAGACACAAUUAGUCCCUCACAUGUGAGCCUCAGGACAGACCCAGAUGUUCUCAGGAGGUCCAGUCCAGACCCAGGCAUUCUCAAUAGGUCCAGUCCUGUGUGCUGGACGUAUCCUCUGGUGGAUGGGGUCUGUCUUCUGUGUGCUGGUCUUAUGGUGUAUGUCGUUGAUUGAACAAAAUGCUGCGCUCAUGGAGACUUUGAACUUGUAUUUUUGUAUCUGCCUGGAUGUGGCAGUGAAACUAAGCACAGUUUUUACAAAGGGAAUUAUGACAUAAUGAUAAUUGUACCAAAUGUAAAUAUAUUUGUCUCCAGACUGACGCCCUUGUUUGUGUACAUAGUUUUUAUUGUGACUGUGAUCUGACAGAUGUCUGCAGCACAGUGCAUUUUGACACACGGGGAGAAGAGCCUUUGUGGAGGUUUCCUGGUCCCUCCGGAGCUUCCUCUUCUGCAGGUGCAUCACAUGAGCAUGUUUUUACAGUGAAGCCUCAUGUUAGUAUUAGCCCAGUGGUGCUAUUUUUACAGUGUACACUCACAGCUGGUUCGACAAUGCUGAAAACUGGUGUAUGUUUCAGAAAGAGUAGCAUCUACCCUCUGAGACCACUGCUCUGAGGAGCCAGUGCCCUGUACUCACCCUGUAGGGAACAUGUCUAAGCACGUCUGUGUGUAGCUCUUGUGUUUGUCCAUUGUACUUGCCGUAGUUGUGAUUCGUGCUUCACUUUUCUGAAUUAGACAUUUGUAUAAACUCUAUUCUUUCAAUUUGCCGCCUUGAAAAUGUGUUUUGUCAAUGCUUUAUUUUUGUUUGUUAUGGUUGGUUCAUAAAUAAAUAUAUAUCUUGUGGUGAA